GUGCCUCUUUUUCCAAUCUAUUUGCUUACCCUUCUGCUUCUCUCUUUUAUCUCUCUUUUCGCAAUCCUCCUCCGCCAUGGCCUCUUCUCCGUCGCGUCCUCUUCUUCUGCAGAUCGCCGCCAUCUUGUGCCUCUUCUCCCUCUUUAUCUCUGCUAGCGCCAGGCCCUGCCGAACCUUCUUCGUCUCUUCCUACUCCUUCUCCCUCCGCCGCCCUUCCGGCGAUUCAAACCCUCAAACCUUUACUACUACCUUCACCCACAUCAGAUCCUUCAUCCCCGUCUACGUUGUUUCCAAUAACAACGAUAAACCCUCAUUCGGUGCCGAGAUUUUCUUCGAUCGCGCCCUUCCUGCCCGCCCCGUUGAGAAGGAGCUCGAAAUUGAGCCUCGGGAUUCGAAUUUGCCUGUCCCCCUUGGGUUCUCAUCCUAUGAUUUCAGUUCGCUCCGUGAUCGGACCAAGGACAUUCUCAGUGUUGUUGUGGCUUUGCUCUUCGGCGUCGGAUGUGGCGCUCUUACCGCUGCUACCAUGUAUUUGGUAUGGUCUUUGUUCUCUAACCGAUAUGAGUAUGGUUCUUAUGAUGAUUAUGUCGAUGAGGACGAUAAUGAUGAUGGCGUUGAAAGUCCCAAGAAAAUGGGAUAUGUGAAGAUUCCGGCUGCUCAGUCUGUGCCUGCACCGGCCAAAGAAGUCGUAUGAGAGUAGCUAUUCAUGUCUUGCGUGGGUCAAAUGAAAUGAAUGGUCUUUACGACCCUACUUUGGAUUGUUAAUAAGCAUAGUAUAAUCUAAUAGAAAACAGGCAAACUUAUGGCCUGUUCUAGUGUUUGUUAAUGACAUGUUUACUGUUCUGCUUAUGAUUCAAGUGCUAAACGCUAAAAUCUCGUCUGUUGUAUUCUUACUAUCAGUUCUCGUCGGAAUUCUUCCUUUCGUAUGCUAUUUGUCUAUAUUAUUAUAUAUCGGUUACUAAUGAAUUAUGAUUUAUGAUUCUCUUAA